AUGACGAAACCAUCAGCUGGCCUGGAAAGCUCAAUAUGGGCUCCCCUGAAGCAACAGCACCGCAAUGGUGCGACCACCAAAUCGUCCUCGGUCCACGAGAGCUUGCGAUCCCGCUCUGUGCCGCCACCCCCACCGUCCACCAUGACAGCGCCCGCCAAACCAAACAGCACACCGCUUGGCACGCGUACGUCCACAACUCUCGCAGCCGGCCUGACGCCGCCGCAAGCGCUACACCGGUUUGAGCAAGCAUGCCAGCGGCUGCGCUGGAAAUUUCUGGACCUCGAGGCCGCCUAUCAACGAGCGCUGGCGCCGUCGGCGUGGGUUUUUACCCCCGAGGACGCGGAGCGCAAUUUCAAAGUCGACUUCUACGAGUUUUACGCGUGGAUUGAGCAAGCGAUUGUGCUGUUAUUGCUAGUUUUUGCCGUUUCGGUCCCGCGGGAGCGCUACAGCAGCGGCCGCGCCGGGUCCUCGUCGCACGCGUACCAUCAUAACGUGCUGAGGGCGCUCGACGAGGACACGAAUCCACUGCACGAGGUGCUGGGAAAGGGUGACGUCAACCAGGCGCUGUGGAAGGCCAAGGAGCUGCGGAACCGUUGGAAGGACGCUGCCGAGGGCAGGGAGACGCCGCCGCUCAAAAUGUACGACUUGGCGUGGAUCGUGGGCGAGGUCCUUAAGGGACUUGAAGGUGGCUACACGGUGGCGAGAAGCAUGGUCGCGACUGAAGAGAUCAUGGUGGAUUAUGCGUCAGACAGCGGCGAGGGGUGGGAUUGGAUGGUUGAGGCAAUGGACUGGGAGCCAUAG